CAUUUCCGUUCCUUGGUAAAUCUUGAUCUGUUGAAAACUGGUCAGUGUGACCUUUGGUCGAGCUAUAUCUUGCAGUCCACUAUUUUAACUGCCUUGGAUUAGCCACCCACACAAUCCAAAAAUGUUCUAUAAUCUCGAUAUUCUCAACCGUCGUGGUGGGAAAUUUGGUGUAAUAUGGCUGGUAGCAAACCAAAAACUAAGAGUUAAAGGAAACGGCUCUAAGAGAGAUCUGCGCCUCGUGCUCGACGUUCAUGUCGACCGUAUAUGCAAAGAUAUAAUUUGGCAUGUAAGAAUUGAAAAUCAAGGAAAGUUGUCGGAACAUUCGAACCCGCGAUUUUCUCUAUAUCUCUCUGCCAUGCUUACUCAUGGCGCCGUCUUAGUUCAUCAUCGCCAAGUAACCCAUGCCAUUGCUCAUUACCAACUGACUUUCCAGCAGCAAAAGAUUGAGAAGAAUUUAAAAGAAAUUAAUAUUAGCUGCAGUGCCCUAGACCUGACUGAUGUUGUUGUUGGAGCAGGAGAAAAUUUGUUAGGUGACAAAUUAACUCUGGAGGAACGGGAGUUUGGGCAUUUAGUUGAAGUUGUUGAUGCUCUUAGGAUAUCUGCAUUCCACAAUAGCCCACCACAAGGACUCCCUGAAGCUCCAUUUCUACUAAACCAAACAACCUCUGUUGAUGAAAUUGAAAAAGAUUUUGCAGAAUUCUUCAAGCUAACUUCUCAAAGUCCUUAUGGGAAUUUUGUAGCACCUGAGGAAAUCACACUGAGAGAGGAAGAAUCUGCUGUGAGAGUGUUGCCAGAGCUGAUUGAUGAAAGUUUUGGUGGUGUCCAAGAAGGUAUUGAAAAUUUCACAGAAUGGGGAAAUAAAGACUUGCCAUCAGUACUAGAACCAAUGGAAGUUGAUGAUCCGUCUGAAGCAGGGCGACCAAGUUUGCAAAGAAGCUAUUCAAAGCGGGUUCACGAUGGUUGUUCAAUGGAGGAAGAUGUUCCGAGCAAACAGAGUCGUAUUGAUCAACCAGGGGAGCCUGUUUCUGCUCUUACCUCUGCCGUAAACGAUAAAAUGGGUUUUAUUUUGGAACCACUUCAAGAUUCGCCUUUAAGGGCAGAGCGCCGCCGACGACGUCGUCGUUUGAUCAUUGAUGCUGAAACGAACAUUCCACCAGAGAUUUUCCAGUCGCAGUUAAAAAAUUACGAAAACACUCUAAGGGUUACGGAUGCGAGAAACGACUUAAUAAUCCCUCAAUAUGCCGAAUCUACCGUUAACCACAUAAUUCGACGCCCAUCAGUCUUAAAUAUGCAAAGCCCUUUAACGUGCCUCAUAACGAGAAACAUGAUAACACGGCAACUUGACAAUUCACACUUGGAUAGUUCGUUUGCAGAGGUGAUUCGUAGGGAAAACAGCACGCAGUUUGAACCGAGAGUUGCAAAUCUAUCGGAUGACGGCUCUGCUAGUCAAAUUCAUAUUCCCCCAAAGACCCCAGCAAACGAGAACAUCGAAGAAAUUCCUGUGGUGCAACCUUUAGGAAAUGUCAAUAAUACGGUCGAAAACAUUCCAAACAUAGAUGGUAACUUCGAGGAUGUCGAAAAACCGCGCGCCGGACAAUCCAGUGAUGCUUCUUUGAUCCUUUCUUUGAAUACAAGCAGCCUAACUAUCAGGGACCAUUCAGGUCUUGAAAUAUCGCGCACAUCUCCCGCGGAGCGGCAAAUAGGCAGAAAUCCCUGUAUGGAUACCCUUGUAGAGGCCUCUGUUGAAAACAGCCGUGGAACCAAAAGCUCAGCUAACGAAGAUUGGCAUCCUUCUGUUCCUUCAACCGAAAAAACUCUGGUUGACAGUGCCAAUGCCAUCGGGACUGAUCAAACAACUGCUCCGCGCCCUUUAUCAUCACUUAGUGUUAUCGCUGAGAAAGAAACCGAUUCCCCCGUCCCUGCCGAUAGAGUACUCCCGGUUCCUGAACACAUUCCUCAAACAUCAGUUGAUGAACAAGUAUUUCACGGAUCUCCUAUUAUUCCGAAGACCAUAUCUCACCGCAAAAUUUCAUAUUCCCAAGAAGUUCCUGAAGAUAACGAUUUGUUAAACAUGAUCGAUUCGUUGACUGAUCAAAUUUCGGACACCGUAACAUUUCGGGAACUUGUUCCACCCUCGAGUUAUAGCAGAAUCGAAGCAGCCAAGAUCUUCAGCCGUCUAUUGGUGCUAAAAAAAGAAAACCGAAUCGACCUGCAUCAAGAAUUGUCUGGUGUGCUGCCGUAUGAAGACAUACACAUUAAUCUGAGUAAUCGCUAGAUAUUUUAGCUAGAUGUUUACAGUAUGUUACGAUACUAUUUACCAACCGUUGGCGCGUUUUAAAGUUCAAUUUUUUAUUGUUUCUCGUUAAGUGAACAGUUCUAGAUAUCUAUAUUUUUAUGGUUUAUGACAGUGGCAAGUAUAGAUAUUUAAUUUUUCAAACAGAUGUUUAACUAUGUAGAAUCAUUUAUUUUCGAAGUAGCAUUAUUUUUUUUCCCACUCGUUUAAAUAGGAAAAGUGUAUCCUGCAAUACAAUGUCGAGUCACUUAAAGAGUAGCAAACCUGGAGAAAAAAAAUAAAAUCUCAUAAAUUGAUAA